AUGUCGUCAACAAUAGAAGUGCGAUGUAGCACACACCCUGAAACCCAGCUACCCAGACGUGUCAGCAAAUCAGUCAAGAACCCAGAUCGUGCAUACUACAAAUGCGCCAUCGACCCUUGUAAAUUCUUUAAAUGGGAGGAUGAAAUAGUUGGUCUAGGCUCUCCUUUUUCUUCACAGAAUACAUCCUCCCAAAAUAUGUCUCCACCAACAACACCCAGUCGGAAAAGAGUUGCCGAGUCGGAGUUGGGACCUCCGGCUAAACGGCAGUCUUCAAUUCGUUCUCCGGCCGCUCAAGCUCGUCGCGACGCCAUAAUGCGCGCGACCGGCCAUCAGACUGCCAGUGACCCCCAUUCAGCGCUAUCACCUAGUCCUGCUCCCAACAACAACACUCUACCAAGCUGGGUUCCUCCCCGCUCUCAGUCUAUGUCAUCUCCCACGGUACCCCGCACGGAAGGAAAUAGUGCUAAUGUGUCGCCUCACCAGCCUGAAUCUGACUUUUCGGAAGCAGAAUCUGGUCGAAGCCGCGGCAACUAUUCCGAGACAAUUAUGGAAGACUUGGUGCCGUCGGGGAGUGAUAUUGCGUCCGACAGUUCUGAGCUAGUGGCGUCGUUCACGGUUACAAAGCGCUCAUCUACCGACGAUUCCAGCUUGAUGACAGCUACACACAUCCGGUCUCUCGAAAGAAGUCUCAAAGCGGCGGAAAUGUUGAACGAAGCAUAUUUGUUCAACAUCCAAUGUCUAAAGGAGGAAAUCGCAGAGCUCAAGCAGCGACUAGGAGAAGGUCCAUAA